AUGUCAGCCCUGCGAACCGCCCCCCGCCCCUCCCUCACAGGCGUGCCGCGCCGCGCCGCGCCGCGCUGCUUGGGGUCCGCCUGGAGCCCGGCCACUGAGGCCGGGGAGAAAAAUGUAAAUGGCUUGGGAGUGUCACAGGUGUGCUGUCACACACGUGUUCCUGCACCUGACAAACUGAUGAGCAGCAAUAAAAUUAGUAGUUCUACGAACACGAUAAGAUACAGUUAAAGGAAGUACGGGCUAGCAAACGGAAUACUGAAUUUUGUUGAACGAAUCAGGAGAACCUUGAUAUUUUUUAAAGAGUAAUAAACGGCCCGACCCAAUCAGGUUUAAAUCGCACCUCGCCAACCACCUUUCCCUCCUGAGCUCCCCCUCCCCCGUUUCAGUCAGACCCAGGAGGUGGGUUCCUCCUGGGACCGGGUGCGGCUGCCGGGCGCCCUGCGCAUCCCCCGGCAGCGCCCUCAUAACCGCGCCUGCCGCCGCGGCUUCUAGGCGGGAGCCGUGCACGUCCUCCCAUCGAGGAAUUGUCUACAAUCUCAGACUGAAAAAGACUUCCCUCUAGGAUGAUGACAGAUUUUACAGGAGAGCAUAUGUGGUUACAACUACAGCAUGAACUAAGCCUGAGGAAACUAAUGGAGGGUUCAGAGUAUCAAGAGGAACUGAAGUAUGACUUCAAUAUAAAAGGGGAACUGAGGCAUGUAGAUACAAAUGAGUCCUUUGUUUUCAAUUAUUAUAAAAAUGCACAUGAGCAGAAUCAUAAACGCUAUCAAGUUUUGGGACAUUUGAUUACGCAGUAUGUUUAUGAGCUCCUGGAAAGAGUUUGCAUGCUUCAGAAGGUUUAUAUUCCUACUGAUGCUACAGAGAAUGAACCAAGAAGCUUCUUUUUCAUGAGCAAGAAUGCACUAACAAGUUCCUGUAGCCUAAUUGUCCUUCUUCAAGACCGUGGAGUUUUCCGUGCUGGACAGUGGGGGCAAAAGACAACUGUCAGCGAGGGCCUGGGGCGUGGAACACAAAUACCUUUCAUCAAAAUGGCCCUUGAAAGUCACAGCGAAGUGAUUGUACUGAAUCCCAAUGACAACUUUGUUGAUCUGAAUACUGAAAAUGAGAGGUUAAGCUUUUCUGCCAGGGAAGAAGCACCAACUUCUCUGCAGUCCGUCUGGUGGCUCCCCAAGAGGUGCAGCAGCAGCCCUGAGGAGCAUACCAUGUAUAUAUGGGAUCAUUUCAUUUCAAAGAGUGCAACGAAGCAUGUGGCCUUCAUUGCCCAUGGCUAUGGUGGCUUGGUGUUUGUUGAUCUGCUAGUGCAGAGAAAAUUGGAGGUAAUGAACAAAGUGUACUCGGUGGCAUUCAUCGACUCUGUGCACAACAUGCGGCACCAGACUAGAAGCGACCCACAAAUACAAGAAUGGAUACAGAAAUACUGCCGUGAGUGGGUGUCAGACAGUAAGCCUCUAGACAAAGCUGUGGCUUCUCUCCUGAAAGUGAAUUGUCCUACUGUCUCUGCUGGUACUGAAAAGUAUGGUUUAGCACCCUCCUGCUGCUUACACGCCAUCUUUAAGUACCUGAAGAGCAUGCUGAAAGCCAAGAUGACAACAGCCUCUAGGCAUUCACCAGUUGCAACCAGAAGCAGCACUAGAAAGAAGAGAGGCAAUGUAUAAAAGUAUACUGAUUUGUUCUGGAUAGCAGUUUCUUCCUUUUGUAACUGCCCCUGCACCUUUCAGUCCUCUAAGGUUCUUCAUCUCACUGUGGAGCAACUUACAGUUCUAAGUUUCAAGCUAGCCUGUUUGUUUUUGAGAAACACAUAAAUAUAAGUUAACUAUUAGGAAAGAAGUGCAUUGUUGAAAGCUUUAAGCCACAACUCUUCAGAUGUCUUGUGAAAUUUAAAGCUGCACAAAAUAAAGAUGUUAAGGUAUAUCUGC